AUGGCGCCCUUGACAUCUGUUGUUGACGAUGACCGCCUUCCGCCUUCUCUUUUCCAGAUCUAUCGCGCUUACAAGCAAAGCACGGCUGUGGUAUUGGACUGGCUCCAACCCCAAACAGAUGGUUGCCUUGGAUCAGUCGACGAUGCUGCGCACCCGAAGGUGUCUAUACAUGGCAUCCUUGUCGCAGCGCAAAAGGCAGCGGCAUCUGCCAGACGUCCACCAGCCCCAGUCCAUGACGCCUCCAAGGUCGCUCUCGUACACCGCAAAAAGCUGACAGAGUACUACGAAGGCCUUCCGACCAAGUCUGAAGAAUCCAAAGAAUCCACAGAGCGCCACAAAGCUUUCAACAACACGUUGGCUGAUGCUUAUGCGCUUUUGUUCCCAAAGCGGCAGCAAAGUGCAAAAUGUCCGAAGAAGACAAAGUCCACGGAGAAAAUCCAGCCAACCACGACUCCGUUAUCGUCUAACUCGUUUGAAUUACUGAGCCAUUUCAUCGAACACGAACCGGACUACGGCGCCUCCGUCUCCCACUUCUGGGCGAACAUACGUGCCAAGGCCCCAAAGAAGCGAUCAAGCAUAUGUGUUGGAGCUGAAGCGACUCUCACCAAGUCUCGAGAGCUAUGGACAGCUGUUGCGCGCGGUGAAGUACCUAUGGCUGUUGGUGGUUUCUCGAUCAACUGGAUGUAUGAGUGGCUUCGGGAAAUGGUGCGGGCUAAUGAAGUAGGCACAAAAGAACCAACGCUUCUACCAGGAGUUUACAUACCACGGAAACAUGGAGUUGAAUACGGCCGGUAUGGUUGCGAUGAGAGGUUGAAUGACUUCAUCGAAGACUGGGGGUUUCUCGCGGGAUACCAUGAGAUAUCAAAAUUUCGCAAAACGUUGAGGAAAGACGGUUUCAUUAUAGCUAAACCAGAGAGAGAGAGGCUUGAAGACUACUUCGAAACUACACCGCCGGCUACCGAAUCCAAACCGAAGACCCAUUGUUCACCAGCUCUUCCGACAGGUCUACCAAGCUCUUUCGAAUUUACAUUCACUCUUUCGAAGGAUCAUCAAGUGCCAGACAUUCCAGACGUUCAUCAUCAGAAAAAGCCAGAGACCGACCCGCAAUCUUCAUACAUUUAUGAUAACUUGCUAGCCCAGUCCAUUCUUUGCAGUGUGUAUCGGGUGGUUGAGCAGGCCGCAAUUACCUUCAAGACGGAUCCUCUCACUGUCAAAAGCUUUCUCAUCUCACGUGCGAUGAAUGGCAUUGGCAAUCUCAUUAAACAGAUGUCCGGUUUUCGCGACGGAACGGAAUUCAGCCUUCACAACCAAUCUCCCUGGAUAAACGGCGGCCAUAUGGCGUCCAUACUAGGUCGCGGCACUUUCGUAGGAAUUGAACUACUUAACGACAGAGGCCACUUUGCUCUAGUUUUACAUGUUUACAAUAUGCUGAAGCAGACCGCCUUAAUGCGCCAAAAACUCCCGAUAUUGGAGGAAUUAGAAACACACUUUGGAUCUGCAGUGUUUACGAGCCUGACCAACAGGCCACGGAAGGAUUACCUUGCUACUUAUGACCGCUACCGAGGCUACAAACUCAAACGUCGUAGAACAAUAUUCGAUGACACGGAUUAUCUCCAUCGGGAACCUCCCAAAAUGUACAAGGAGCUUCCAUUUUCUCGAGAUGGGCGUAUCAAAGCCGCGAAUCUAUCGACCUUUGCCUUAGAAGGUGCCAUGAACAAAUACAGGAUUAACCUAUUGCUGGGCAAACUCGCCGAUGAGGACCAAGGUCCCAAGUUCAAACACUAUGACUUUGAUCAUCCAAGCCGCUGCAGAGCUUUCUUUGCAGACCACUCGCUUACGGACCUCACUGAACGAGCAAAAGACUGCAUAAUGAGGGAGUUCCAGGGACCACUGCCGCUAGCGAAAAUCAACUACUUCGCAGUUAUGACACUCUGUAUGGAAAUAUGGGAGCAGGUUUGCAGGCGAGCUACACUGGCGGGCCAUAGCGACACGCCUAAACAAACAGAAUUCGACUUUCUCUGGAACAAGAUGCCAAAACGGGUCGAAGACGCCGAGGCCAUGUGUGGCAUGUGGAUUGGAAUCUCUGCUCUUAAUGUGGCUGAAUAUGGCAAGGAUAAUAGAAAUCGCGCCAGACCUCUUGAUAGCUAUUCCCUGCCAAUCAUGGUCCGGGAUGCCAUGGUCGAAGUAUGCGAAGGAAAGGAGUUGAGCGACUUUCUGUGGAAGUCGGAUUGUUAA